UUCUGUCGAUGUUUGUCGGUGCCACUGUCGGUCUCGGAACCGGCAUGUACGCUAUGGGCCUGCAGGGCCGUGCCGUGCUGAAGCCGCGCAUCAGCUACGCUGUGUAUGUGUCCGCCGGCGCGCUUAUCGGCUACAAAUACUACUCGUUCAAGCAGUACGAGAAGCAGCUGAUCGAGAAGCGUCGGACACACCUGCUGGAGAAGCGCGCGCAGCGUUUGGCCGAGGCCACUGCCGAGAACUAAUCAGUCCCUAGCUAUUUCAGUGGUGUUUCCUAUAUACAAUGCUCUACAUGCCAAAAGCGAUCACCAAUGUUACUUUUAUGUUGUCACUAUCUGGGCAUGUUUCGGCUGGUAAAAGUGCCCGCUUGGCCCAGCAAGGAUCAGCUAUGAUCACGGGCACACGCUUUGCCA